ACGAGCCGAGUGGGGAGGUCGGGGCUUCCCCUCAGUAGCAACAGCCCUUCCUGGCUGCUCCCGGUGGGACUGACAAAGGCAGACCUCGAGCCUCGCGGCCCCUAGAGGGGGGCCCUCCUCUCCACACACACACACAUUCAGUGGGUGAUCCACGAGCGCCUUGGGUCAUCGCAGGUGCCUGGUAAAUGGUGGAUCUCCCCACCCCUCCUCAACACACAGAAAACAGGGCGGGCAGCGGACGCCACUGCACUGUCAAUGAGUAACUCACCUCUGUGGUGCACCCUGGGAGCUGAGCAGGAGGGCUGAGCAGGAGGGCGAAACGGGAAGGCUGGUUUCCCACUGACUGGCAGGCAGAGCAAAUGUGGGCUGUCCUACGGUCCCUCUGCAGGUGGCUCCCACACGGGUCAUGCUGUUGUCUCCUGAUCCGGCCAGCCCUGCCAGGUGACCAUGCCUGCCCUGGGCCCAGCUCUCCUCCAGGUGCUCUGGGCCGGGUGGGUCCUCACCCUCCAGCCUCAUCCACCAGCUGCUUUCACUCCCAAUGGCACGUAUCUGCAGCACCUGGCAAGGGACCCCACCUCAGGCACCCUCUACCUGGGGGCCACCAACUUCCUGUUCCAGCUGAGCCCUGGGCUGCAGCUGGAGGCUACAGUGUCCACUGGUCCUGUGCUAGACAGCAGGGACUGCCUGCCACCUGUGAUGCCUGAUGAGUGCCCCCAGGCCCAGGCUACUAACAACCCGAACCAGCUGCUCCUGGUGAGCCCAGGGGCCCUGGUGGUGUGUGGGAGUGUACACCAGGGAGUCUGUGAGCAGCGCCGCUUGGGGCAGCUCGAGCAGCUGCUGCUGCGGCCAGAGCGGCCUGGGGACACCCAGUAUGUGGCUGCCAAUGACCCUGCGGUCAGCACGGUGGGGCUGGUAGCCCAGGGCUUGACGGGGGAACCCCUUCUGUUUGUGGGGCGAGGAUAUACCAGCAGGGGUGUGGGGGGUGGCAUUCCACCCAUCACAACCCGGGCCCUGUCGCCACUGGACCCCCAAGCCGCCUUCUCCUACGAGGAGACAGCCAAGCUGGCAGUGGGCCGCCUCUCUGAGUACAGCCACCACUUCGUGAGUGCCUUUGCGCGUGGGGCCAGCGCCUACUUCCUGUUCCUGAGGCGGGACCUGCAGGCUCAGUCUAGAGCCUUUCGUGCCUAUGUAUCUCGAGUGUGCCUCCGGGACCAGCACUACUACUCCUAUGUGGAGUUGCCUCUGGCCUGCCAGGGUGGCCGCUAUGGGCUGAUCCAGGCUGCAGCUGUGGCCACGUCCAAGGAGGUGGCGCAUGGGGAGGUGCUCUUUGCAGCCUUCUCCUCAGCUGCACCUCCCACCGUGGGCCGGCCCCCAUCGGUGGCUGCUGGGGCAUCUGGAGCCUCUGCCCUCUGUGCCUUCCCCCUGGAUGAGGUGGACCGGCUUGCUAAUCGCACACGAGAUGCCUGCUAUACCCGGGAGGGCCGUGCUGAGAAUGAGACCGAGGUGGCUUACAUCGAGUAUGAUGUCAAUUCUGACUGUGCACAGCUGCCAGUGGAUACCCUGGAUGCUUAUCCCUGUGGCUCAGACCACACACCCAGCCCCAUGGCCAGCCGGGUCCCACUGGAAGCUACACCAAUUCUGGAGUGGCCAGGGAUUCAGCUAACAGCUGUGGCAGUCACCAUGGAAGAUGGACACAACAUCGCCUUCCUGGGUGAUAGUCAGGGGCAGCUGCACAGGGUCUACUUGGGCCCAGGGAGCGAUGGCCACCCAUACUCCACACAGAGCAUCCAGCAAGGGUCUGCCGUGAGCAGAGACCUCACCUUUGAUGGGACCUUUGAGCACCUCUAUGUCAUGACCCAGAGCACACUUCUGAGGGUUCCCGUGGCCUCCUGUGCUCAGCGCCUGGACUGUGCAUCUUGCCUUGCCCACAGGGACCCAUACUGUGGGUGGUGCGUACUCCUUGGCAGGUGCAGUCGCCGUUCUGAGUGCUCGAGGGGCCAGGGCCCAGAGCAGUGGCUGUGGAGCUUCCAGCCUGAGCUGGGCUGCCUGCGGGUGGCAGCCAUGAGUCCUGCCAACAUCAGCCGAGAGGAGAGGAGGGAGGUUUUCCUAUCAGUGCCAGACUUGCCACCCCUGUGGCCAGGGGAGUCGUAUUCCUGCCACUUUGGGGAACAUCAGAGUCCUGCCCUGCUGACUGGUUCUGGUGUGAUGUGUCCCUCCCCAGACCCUAGUGAGGCCCCAGUGCUGCCAAGAGGAGCCGACCAUGUCUCCGUGAGCGUGGAGCUUAGGUUUGGCACCGUUGUGAUCGCCAAAACUUCCCUCUCCUUCUAUGACUGUGUGGCGGUCACUGAGCUCCAUCCGUCUGCGCAGUGCCAGGCCUGUGUGAGCAGCCGCUGGGGGUGUAACUGGUGCAUUUGGCAGCACCUGUGCACACACAAGGCCUUGUGUGACUCCGGGCCCAUGGUGGCAAGCCGUCAGAGCCCGUUUGUCUCCCCAGCCCCUCGUGCAAGAGACGGACCCAGCCCCUCCCCACCCACAGCCUCUAAAGCCCUGGUCACCCCUGCUCCUGACCCCCUUCCUGUGGAGCCUGGGGCUCCCUCCACUGCCACAGCUUCGGACAUCUCACCUGGGCCCAGUCCUUCCAUGCUCAGCCCCUGGGGCCCGUGGACAGAUCCCGGCCCCAUACCUUCCCCCACCUCCACAGAGUCACCUCUCCAUGAGGAGCCCCCCUCUCCUAGCCCCUCAAAUGGGCCUGGAACCGCUCUCCCUGCCCCCACUGACUUCAGACCCACAGACAUACCUGAGGACCUCUCGGCCUCCCCGCUGUCACCCUCAGAGGCAGCAGCAGUGCCCCCUGCAGACCCUGGCCCCAAGGCCCUUCCUCCCACAGUGCCCCUGGACCCGCCCCCUGCCACUGUUCCUGCCACCACUUUCCCAGGGGCCAUGGGCUCCAUGAAGCCCGCCCUGGACUGGCUCACGAGAGAAGGCGGCGAGCUGCCCGAGGCGGACGAGUGGAUGGGGGGUGACACACCCGCCUUCUCCACUUCCACCCUCCUCUCAGGUGAUGGAGACUCAGCAGAGCUUGAGGGCCCUCCCGCCCCCCUCAUCCUCCCGUCCAGCCUCGACUACCAGUAUGACACCCCCGGGCUCUGGGAGCUGGAAGAGGUGACCUCGGGGGCAAGCUCCUGCCCCUGUGUGGAGAGCAUUCAGGGCUCCACUUUGAUGCCGGUCCAUGUGGAGCGGGAAAUCCGACUGCUAGGCAGGAACCUGCACCAUUUUCAGGAUGGCUCAGGAGACAAUGAGUGUGUGAUGGAGCUGGAGGGCCUCGAGGUGGUGGUUGAGGCCCGGGUCGAGUGUGAGCCGCCUCCAGAUACCCAGUGCCGUGUCACCUGCCAGCAGCACCAGUUCAGCUAUGAGGCUCUGCAGCCAGAGCUCCGUGUGGGGCUGUUUCUGCGUCGGGCUGGCCGUCUGCGUGUGGACAGUGCUGAAGGGCUGCAUGUGGUACUGUAUGACUGUUCCGUGGGACAUGGAGACUGCAGCCGCUGCCAAACCGCCAUGCCCCAGUAUGGCUGUGUGUGGUGUGAGGGGGAGCGUCCACGUUGUGUGACCCGGGAGGCCUGUGGUGAGGCUGAGGCUGAGGCUGUGGCCACCCAGUGCCCAGCGCCCCUCAUCCACUCGGUGGAGCCACUGACUGGGCCUGUAGACGGAGGCACCCGUGUCACCAUCAGGGGCUCCAACCUGGGCCAGCAUGUGCAGGAUGUGCUGGGCAUGGUCACGGUGGCUGGAGUGCCCUGUGCUGUGGACACGCAGCAGUAUGAGGUCUCCAGCAGCCUCGUGUGCAUCACCGGGGCCAGUGGGGAGGAGGUGGCCGGAGCCACAGCGGUGGAGGUGCCAGGAAGAGGACGCGGCGUGUCAGAGCACGACUUUGCCUACCAGGACCCAAAGGUCCAUUCUAUCUUCCCGGCCCGCGGUCCCAGAGCUGGUGGCACCUGCCUUACACUGAAUGGCUCCAAGCUCCUGACUGGGCGGCUGGAGGACAUCCGAGUGGUGGUUGGAGACCAGCCUUGUCACUUGUUGUCGGAACAGCAGUCAGAACAGCUGCGGUGUGAGACCAGCCCACACCCUGCGCCUGCCACGCUCCCUGUAGCUGUGUGGUUUGGGGCUACGGAGCGGAGACUUCAACAUGGCCAGUUCAAGUACACCUCCGACCCCAACAUCACCUCUGCUGGCCCCACCAAGAGCUUCCUCAGUGGAGGGCGUGAGAUACGGGUCCAUGGCCAGAAUCUGGAUGUGGUGCAGACGCCAAGAAUUCGAGUGACCGUUGUCUCAAGAAUGCUGCAGCCCAGCCAGGGGCUUGGACGGAGGCGCCGCUUGGUCCCGGAAACGGCGUGUUCCCUGGGACCCUCCUGCAGUGGCCAGCAUGUAGGACACCUUUGGUUUGAGGAGCUGUGCCACAUCAACUCCUCCCACCUCAUCACGUGCCGCACACCCGCCCUCCCGGGCCUGCCGGAGGACCCCUGGGUCCGGGUGGAGUUUAUCCUUGACAACCUGGUCUUUGACUUUGCAACACUGAACCCUACACCUUUUUCCUAUGAAGCCGACCCUACCCUGCAGCCACUCAACCCCGAGGACCCCACUAUGCCGUUCCGGCACAAGCCUGGAAGUGUGUUCUCCGUGGAGGGGGAGAACCUGGACCUUGCAAUGUCCAAGGAGGAGGUGGUGGCCAUGAUAGGGGACGGCCCCUGUGUGGUGAAGACACUGACCCGGCACCACCUGUACUGUGAGCCCCCCAUGGAGCAGCCCCUGCCACGGCACCAUGCCCUCCGAGAGGCACCUGACGCUUUGCCUGAGUUCACGGUGCAGAUGGGGAACCUGCGCUUCUCCCUGGGUCACGUGCAGUAUGACGGCGAGAGCCCUGGGGCUUUUCCUGUGGCAGCCCAGGUGGGCUUGGGGUUGGGCACCUCUCUUCUGGCUCUGGGUGUCAUCAUCAUUGUCCUCAUGUACAGGAGGAAGAGCAAGCAGGCCCUGAGGGACUAUAAGAAGGUUCAGAUCCAGCUGGAGAAUCUGGAGAGCAGUGUGCGUGACCGCUGCAAGAAGGAAUUCACAGACCUCAUGACCGAGAUGACCGAUCUCACCAGUGACCUCCUGGGCAGUGGCAUCCCCUUUCUUGACUACAAGGUGUAUGCGGAGAGGAUCUUCUUCCCUGGGCACCGCGAGUCACCCCUGCACCGGGACCUGGGUGUGCCUGAGAGCAGACGGCCCACCGUGGAGCAAGGGCUGGGGCAACUCUCUAACCUGCUCAACAGCAAGCUCUUCCUCACCAAGUUCAUUCACACGCUGGAGAGCCAGCGCACCUUCUCGGCUCGGGACCGCGCCUACGUGGCAUCUCUGCUCACUGUGGCGCUGCAUGGGAAGCUUGAGUACUUCACCGACAUCCUCCGCACCCUGCUCAGUGACCUGGUUGCCCAGUAUGUGGCCAAGAACCCCAAGCUGAUGCUGCGCAGGACAGAGACCGUGGUAGAGAAGCUGCUCACCAACUGGAUGUCCAUCUGUCUCUACACCUUUGUGAGGGACUCUGUAGGGGAGCCUCUGUACAUGCUCUUCCGAGGGAUUAAGCAUCAAGUGGACAAGGGGCCAGUGGACAGUGUGACUGGCAAGGCCAAAUACACCCUGAAUGACAACCGCCUGCUCAGAGAGGACGUAGAGUACCGUCCCCUGACCUUGAAUGCGCUAUUGGCUGUGGGACCUGGGGCAGGAGAGGCCCAGGGCGUGCCUGUGAAGGUCCUCGACUGUGACACCAUCUCCCAGGCCAAGGAGAAGAUGCUGGACCAGCUUUAUAAAGGAGUGCCUCUCACCCAGCGGCCAGACCCUCGCACCCUGGAUGUUGAGUGGCGGUCUGGGGUGGCCGGGCACCUCAUUCUUUCUGACGAGGAUGUCACUUCUGAGGUCCAGGGUCUGUGGAGGCGCCUGAACACGCUGCAGCAUUACAAGGUUCCAGAUGGAGCAACUGUGGCCCUUGUUCCCUGCCUCACCAAGCAUGUGCUUCGGGAAAACCAGGAUUAUGUCCCUGGAGAGCGGACCCCAAUGCUGGAGGAUGUAGAUGAGGGCGGCAUCCGGCCCUGGCACCUGGUGAAGCCAAGUGAUGAGCCAGAGCCGCCCAGGCCUCGGAGGGGCAGCCUUCGGAGUGGGGAGCGUGAGCGCGCCAAGGCCAUCCCUGAGAUCUACCUGACCCGCCUGCUGUCCAUGAAGGGCACCCUGCAGAAGUUCGUGGAUGACCUGUUCCAGGUGAUCCUCAGCACCAGCCGACCUGUGCCGCUCGCUGUUAAGUACUUCUUUGACUUGCUGGACGAGCAGGCCCAGCAGCAUGGCAUCUCCGACCAGGACACCAUCCACAUCUGGAAGACCAACAGGUGGGGUGGAGCCGGGUGGGCUCGAGGUGUGUGUGUGGGUCUUCUCUUCUGCCUCCCCAGCACACUCAUGGGCCACGCUUGCCCUACCCACAGCUUGCCUCUGAGAUUCUGGAUCAAUAUAAUAAAAAACCCGCAGUUUGUGUUCGACGUGCAGACAUCUGAUAACAUGGAUGCGGUGCUCCUUGUCAUUGCACAGACCUUCAUGGACGCCUGCACCCUGGCCGACCACAAGCUGGGCCGGGACUCCCCGAUCAACAAACUUCUGUAUGCACGGGACAUCCCCCGGUACAAGCGGAUGGUGGAAAGGUACUAUGCAGACAUCAGACAGACUGUCCCAGCCAGCGACCAAGAGAUGAACUCUGUCCUGGCUGAGCUGUCCUGGAACUACUCCGGAGACCUUGGGGCGCGAGUGGCCCUGCAUGAACUCUACAAGUACAUCAACAAAUACUAUGACCAGAUCAUCACUGCCCUGGAGGAGGAUGGUACGGCCCAGAAGAUGCAGCUGGGAUAUCGGCUCCAGCAGAUCGCAGCUGCUGUGGAAAACAAGGUCACAGAUCUAUAGGGACCCAGGAGCUACAACCUGCUAUUGCCUCAGCCUGGCCGGGGCAGCCCUGGAAGCUUGUGGGAGAGGCCACCCUCUUAGGUGCCUGUAGUGACUGACAAGCAGAGUUAGUGGAAGGUGACUCCCCGUCUCCUGGUGGCUCUGGCCUCAGGCCUGCUGGACCCACCUCCCAGGCCCCGGGGCCUCAAGGCUCAUGGGGUGGUACCCAGCCUGCUCCCCGAACCCAGCAACCCUGUGACACCGGUCUGCAGGGAGUUGGGGACUAAGGGCUUCCAGAGAGUGGCAAGAGCCUCCAGGCCCCUGGGGAGACUGUACUGUUUCUGAACACUGGCCUUGGCCCCACUGGGAUUCAGAGAGGAAGGAGGAGCGCCCCACGCUUCCUGUCUGCCUCCUCUACCAUCCCUGACCUCAGUUGAGCUGCCUCUGGCCUUGUUGCUGCUGCCACAUUCUAGGUCUAAGAGAUAAACACCUCUCCUAGGCCACUGCAGACGGACCCCUCAGCAAGGCUGGCUGCCACAGGCUGCCCUGCCUCACAGCCAUGGUGAGGGCCAUCUGCUGCAGGGGGCUCUUGGGGAGAGUGGUGGCUCCAUUGACCCAGCUCUUAAUUAAAGGCCAAAACACUGCACAGAAUCUGAUGUGUGAGCCUGGCCCAGCCCCUCGCUACUAGGAGGGUGGCAGCUAUGCCUGGCAGGUACCAGGGGGAGGUGGUAUCUGCACCCUGGGAGAGUCUCAUGGUCUCCCCAUCAUAUCCCAGACUGCAGGACUGGCUGAGGCGCUCCUUGACCCCUGAGCAGGGCCUUGUGGGGGUCACAGCUUCUGUGAAGUAAGAAGCGCAUCUGGGGCAGGGUUGGUGGCUGAGAUAGAGGGGUCUACAGUUUCUUCAAGGGGGUCCACUUUAUCUGCAGUUUGCGUAUCCUCACUUCUCCGCUCAUGUUCUAUUUGUCUUGAAAGGGACUAGGAAAGGAUGACAUCAUUACAGGCAACUGUAGGCAGAGGGAGUCUCAAGGACCGUUUUUCAUAGUCCUGUUCCUGGACUUAGGGUUUCUGUGUUGAUUUCCAAAUCAGGGCCUCCUGGGGCCGGCUCCUAAACUGACUGCCUGCAUGAAAGCUGUCUUAUAUGGUUUUUCCUAAUUGGUAGCUGGAGGUAAGCUUGGAGACUGUCUUAUCUGGUCUCAUGUUGCUAGCUGGGUCUGUAGGGCAGGGGGUUGAUAAUCCUCUUGACCGAGACCACCCUCAGCCUCAGCAGAAGGCCAGCCCCCCAUGGAACAGAUGAGAUAGGGUGGCAGCUAUGCCUGGCAGAUGAGAGGAGGGCCCUUCAGCCUUGAGGCCUUCAGAGGGCUCAUCCCUUUGGCCCUCUGCUUACUCUCCAUAACCCAGCGACUCUCAGUGUUUCCUCCCACCUGGCACACACUCCGUCCUCCCCUCAGGGGUCUUCAAUGAGUGUUUAAGAGGCAGAGACUGAUAGAAUUCCAGGAGGACUCCUAUCCCCUGCCUCUUUUUGGCCCUAAAUAAAGCUGUCUACAGGGUCCUUGUCCCUAAAGAGCCAUGUUGGUCUUGUCUGCCAGGGGUGGUCAUAGUUGCUAUUCUUUGCAGUGGCUCCAAUGUCCCUUUCCCAUUUCUGCUGGAUGUGGGGACCACAGUGAGGUCAGCAGCCAGGUGCCAUCAUUUGGGAGCAUGUGAGCUUGGAUGCUCUGGCCAGGUUUUCAUAGCCACCCAGAAUGGUCCUAACUCUCCUCCAUUGGCUGCUCUGGCCAAACCGUGGAAUUGAUCUCCAUCUUGACCAUCUCAGGGAGCAGGGCAGAUGGGAAAUCCAGUUUGGGGUGGAAUUCAAGCAGGCACAGAGGGAAGCAGCCUUGGCCAACAUCACAGACCUCGACAGAGCCAUGCCUCUGUUCCAGAAGCCUCCUGGGGUAGGGAGGCCAUGUGCCUGUAUGCUUGGGCACGUGCCCAUGGGAGGGGUGAGUAAUGAACCUGCUCUGAGUCACUCACUGAGUCAUGGCUCGGCCGGCACAGAACAUUGUUAUCAUAACAGACAUAAAGAAGAAAAACCUGGCA